UGUUUAAUUUACGACAGUUACUUAAAUAGGCGUGAUUGGAUGAAAUAUAAUAUGAGGUUUGAUCCUCCUGGUAUAUUGAACUCAAUGUAUGUUACCAAGCAACCAGUAGUCAGAAAUUACGUAAACAAACGACUUCCCGUGCCACUGGCCGUGUUAUUACGUUUGUUAUGGAUCCUCCGUGCUCUUUCUGAUGUGUUACACGUAUUCGUACGCGAAUAAUAUCAUUUUUGGAGAUAUUUAUUCCAUUAGAUCACUGUGAUGUAAAAACUUUUCUAAUGUGUUAGCUCUAGGUAUAUCUACUGUAAUGGUGCCAAACUAGUGUCUGUAUCUUUAUGAAGAUCUCGUAAAGUUGGGAACUUUCCAAACAAUGUUGUCAGUUCUGUUCUUGCUGAGCGGUGUGAAUAGUUAUAGAUUGCCGGGCAGCUGUGAGCGGGGCAUGUACUAUGAGCCAAGUUUGAUGGAUUGUCUGGCUUGCGCUGCUAAUGCGUCGUUAGUGACAUCUGGAGAUGGGUUUGGUUGUUCCUGUGAAGAACAUAGUAUACCAAUAGAUAUAACUCGAUGCAGGCCUUGCAAUAUCACUGAAGUAGUCACGUCUGAUGGAAUGUCAUGUGUACCGCGCCGAUGCCAAAGCUCUGCUGGGAGGAUUACUUGCAGGAAAUGUCCUCGAGAUUAUAUAUCAGUAACUCAAAACUUUGACGGAUCCCCAAUGAAGGAGGUCCAAUGCAUAAAAUGCGCACGAGGUUACAAGGCUAUAAACAAUCGAUGCGAGCGGUGCGAAGCUUGUACGUGCAGUAAAAGCGAGAUUGUCGUUAAAGGGAAGUGUUUACCGAGGAAGUAUCUACUCGAUCGACCGAAGUACACCGAGAACCGUUUACAUCCAGAUGAGCUCUUGGAGAUUGUCAAGCUGGAAUAUUUGUGCACUCAAAAAGACAUAAGGGCGUGUCGAGCUCUAGCAAGUUCUUGUGUUCGAAACUUUUAUACCCCAGAGGUCGCAGGGCCUUGCAGACUUUGGUUACAAACUAAGUUGAUAAAGUUUAAAGGUUAUUUAUUAGAUGGUAUCCUUAUCAAUAAUAAACUUUAA